AUGAAGGCUUGGCUUCAGUUCGCGCUCGCGGAGCUGCGUCCUCUGUACGCUGUCGCGUACGCCGUCUUCGUCCUCGUUCAUCGCUUAGCGCUCGAGAGUUACGUCCUGGGAGCGCGGAAAAAUGAGGAGUGCUGGUUCUCAGCAUCGUACUACGACUGCGCGGCGAGUUGCGGCGCGUACUGGUUCUUCAAGGGGUGCGAGUGCAAGGACACGUUCCAGUACUGUCAGGCGUGGCGUGAGACGGACGGCUCGGGGCGCACGCUGCGUGAGCGGCCGGUUCCGGACUUCGUCGCGAACGACGGCAUGCGGGUGUGGGCGAACGUGAAGGAGGUGAAGGAGCUUCCGAACACGGCCGACAACGUUUCCGACGCGUGGGUGAACGCGAACAACCCCAGCGCGUGGUUGGGCUCGGCCGACGCCGCGUUUCAUCACCUCGCGCGGAACGCGACGUAUCCUCAGGUGUUCCACUGGUACUCGGACGACUACUGGCAGCAAUCUGACUCGAACACGGGUGACUUACCGCCUCUGCUGAUGUGGCUCGGCGAGGCGGUCAUCUUCGCCAUCUGGGCCGCGGCGACGGUCCUCUUCCUCCGCGCCCUUGGCCCGAACGCGAACCUGAACGGCGCCUACGUGCGCUUCUGCCUUCGACUCGAACGAGGUCGGUUCUUCCGCCGCAUGAUCAUCGCGGUGUGCACGCUGGUCGCGCUGACCACCGUCCCGGGAAUCGUCAUCUGGUGGCUGUGGUUCGACGAACCCCCGCGGCUCUCCGAGCUCUGCGAGGUGGCCUUCCUGUUCACGGCGCUGCGAGGAAUGCUCCUGACGGAUUCGGAGUUCGUCCUGGACGUGGACGAUCCCGCGUUUGACGAGGUCGAGUUCAACUUUUUGCCGUUUGUCGUGCACGGCGUGGACGAGGCGAUCCACGACCUGACCGCCGCCGUCGUCAGGCGUCGCAUCGACCCGAAGACGUACGAGAUCAAGAUGAAGAAGUACGUCAAGCGCGGUGGAGAGGGCCUCAGGCUGGUGGGCGACGCGGACGAGACUUCACGGACGUUGUGA